AUGGCUGUUGAAUCUGGUAUCACAGCUCCUGUCACGGGAAUGACGAAACCCGACAAUAAUAAUAGUAAAGACCUAUCUUUCAUCUCAUCCUCACUCCCAGUAUCAGAUACUGAAAUCGACCGACAUCCCAGGGCCAAGCGUCCAUACCUGGCCAGUCGGAGACCCAGUGCUUCCAUCCUUGUCCCCCGCGAUCACCCAGAAAUCGAGAUUCAGGAGGAGGAAUUUCCUCCAGAUGAUGCUCGGGCAAUGAGCCCAAGAAGAAAUCCCGCUGACGUGGAGAGGCUAUGCAGAGAGAUUCAAGAAGCUAUUCAACAGGUUGAUAACCGCAGACGAGCAGAUACUUUCCAAUCGUCGUUGCAGGCCUUGGCGGAACACAUCGAUGAGGUCAAGUCGGAGCAUGACAAACUAGAAAACGAGAGUCGAUUUCUACAAGGAUACAUUGGAGACCUCGCCCGAGCCAUGUCGCUAACCGCUCGGGUAAGGAAAACAGAUGGAAAAAAGCCGGCCGCAGGGACUGACCACGGAGCAGUCGAGGUCGAGCAACCGGCAGCCCCACAUCCAGGAGCUCAUCCAGAAACGGGAUUUCUUCAGCAAACGCCUUGGGUUCAAAGAAAGCACAAGGGAACCGUCCAGCGUGAACUUCACAAGAAGAUCACCCGCUACAAGGCGAACGAGGGAGCUACCCAAGACUACCGCCGGCCAGAUAUACUAUAG